AUGAAAUCCUUUGUAAAUCUAUUUAGAUUUUCUACUAAAAUUGCAAGGCUUAAAGAUUAUAAGUAUCCUUGUUUAGAUUAAAAUGUUAAGAACAAUAUUAUAUGGUUUCAUGGGAUGUAUGAUAGCUCUAAAAACUUUUUCAAUUUAGCUUAAAAUGAAUAGAUAAGGAGCAUUAGUAACUAAAUCUUAUUAGAUUGCCGUAACCAUGGCUUAUCUGAACAUACUGAGACACAUACAUUUAAAGAAAUGGCUUAUGAUGCAGUCGAAUAUAUAGCAAAUAGAGAUAUGAAAGACUUAUAUUUAAUUGGACAUAGUAUGGGAGGUCGUACCAUUUUAGCAGCUCUUCAAGAACAUCAAGCAUUUCUUUUAGAUAGAGUAAAAGGAGUAAUUAUUGUUGAUGUUUUACCAAGUGUAUACGCUAUUAAUGAUCCUGCAAUAUAGUAAAUGAGUCGUUAUUUAUUGGAAAUGAAAUCAAUUAAUAUAAUUGACAAAUCCUUCGAAUAGAUUGAAAAAGAAGUAAAAGCGAAUUUCUCAGAUGUUAUCGCAGCAAAUAUACUUUCAAACAUAGAAGUCUUAUAAACAGGUUAGCUAAGAUGGUGCGUUAAUUUUUAGGCUAUUGAAAAGAGUUUUGAAAGUUUAAUGAGUUUUGAAGUUAAAGACUGUCUUUGGAAGGGGCCAAGAAAAAUUAUGAUAGGUAAAAAAUCUAAAUUUACUAGUAUGGAAUCUGUAGCAAAAACUUAUCCAUCAAUCUUUGUGGAUUUCGAUGUAAAUAAAGAUGUAAUAGAAUUUUAGAAUUCUGGACAUUUCCUUUAUCUAUUUGAAUAAGAGAAAUUCAUUAAUGAAGUAGUAUCUUUUAUCUAAAAAGUAGAUUCAGAUUAAAAUUCGCCUUAUAAUAAAAAAUUCAUAGAUUAAGUAGUAUUUGAUAUAUGA